CCUCGCUCCGUUGCCAAUACCCAGUGCUGACAUCAUCAAGGUCUUGGAGCUGAAUUUCUCAUGUCGUACUCAGUAGAAGUGGUAACAUUUGCACGUACACACGCUACUGCGAGAAUGAGGUAUAAGACCUUUGUAGCACGUUUCUUACAGGGCUAUACGCUUCUCAUCCCACUGCCUUUACCAGGUUUGCUGGCGGAGGGUACUGUUAUAACUAUUCCUCUACGCCAUAUACAAGGCCUGCUUUAACUCUCGGUCCUCCACUCACUUAUAUUAAAGUCUACAAUAUUGCAAUUCGUUCCAUUUGGAAAGAACGUUCCUCACCAUGGAGACAAACAACGGAUACAGUUCGUCCCCUUUUAGACGGACAUUAUUGGUCACGUACCCUCGUACUGCAUCCAACCUACUCGUGAGAAUGCUGUCUCUAGAAGAGCAAGAGAAUGUCAUCUCCAACGAGAAGGGAGGCUAUUUCUUCUGGGACUCCUUUAUGAAAGGCAGGACAACAAAUUCUACCUAUACACCAGUUGAAAACUGGACAACGGAGCAAACCGAAGAGAUGCAACAGAUCUUUCAGUGCGAUUUUAAUCGCUGUGAGAGCACAUCACAUCGCGCUGAAUCUCAGGGCAAGCUAUUUUUUGCAAAAGAACAUGUGCAAUGGUUCGCAGAUCCGGCUGCCAUUAGCGAUUAUCUUUCACAUAAAGAUAGCCAAACGCCGUCCCCGGUGAACAUCAAAAUUCCGAAUUCGUAUGGCACGUUCCAAAGGUUCUCACCUAACAACCUCACAGUUUUUCCCGACCAGUACUUGGAGACCUGGAGGCUGACCUUCCUUAUCCGUCAUCCUGCUUUAGCAUUUCCGUCAUUCUAUCGAGCGAUGAGAGAGUUGGAAAAGGAGGAAUUUGCACAACCUCAUGAAAUAUGCCCGUUGAUGGAAUUGAAUGCCACGCUGAGAUGGAGUAGACUUCUUUACGAUUGGUCCUGCCAGCAUGAAGACAAGUCAACCAUCGGUUGUGACAGGGAUAUUCGGUACCCCUUGGUACUAGAUGCCCAAGACAUCAUACAUCACCCUGAAAUUCUCGCCAGGUACUGCAAGCUCAUAGGGCUCAACCCGGUCCAUCUCAAAUCGGAAUGGAAUGUACCGGAUCGAAAGAUGCAGAACGGGGCCGCGGACAAUAUUAAUCACAAAAGCCCUGAGAGUGUGAUGAAGUUUACCCUUGAUAAUUCAUCCCAUGUCUUGAAGGACAAGACGCCGGCUAUUGUUGACAUUGGGCUCGAGAGGAAAGGUUGGGAUCAGGAGUUUGGGAUAAGCAUCGGCGAAGCGAUGGAGAAGUGGGUGAGGGAGGCAAUGCCAGAUUAUAAUUAUCUUCGAUCGAGAAGGUUACAAGCGCGAGAUCCGUGAACAAGGAUUUUCAAUCCACCCCUACUGUACUGAAAGGUUUAGCCUUAAUAAGCAGCUAUCGCUGGAAGGUAUAGGUUGC